GCCUCUCUGGCUCUGGGUCCGGUGAUUUCGCCGCUCUGUUCUUUCGUUGUUGUUGUUGCUGAGGGGGCGGGGGCAGAAAGAGCGCGCGCCCCUCCGUCCCCUCCCCGCCGCCUCUCUAUGGCCCGGCCUUAGAGCCCCUCCCGGUCCCCGGGGCUGAGCGGGGCGGGCAUCCCUUCCUCCCCCCGCCUUUCUCCCGGAGGAUUCGAACCGGGGGCGGAGGGGGAGGGAAGAUGGCGCAGGCCUUGUCUGGAGAGGAGUUCGAGCGCAUGCAGGCACAGCUGCUGGAACUGCGGACGGAGAAUUACCAACUCUCUGAUGAACUGCGCAAAAACACAACUGAACUAAAUGGUCUUCGGCAGCGGCUGGUGGUUUUGGAUAAGGAGUUUGCAAAGGCCCAGAAGGCUCUCAAUAAGAGCAAAAAGGCUCAGGAGGUUGACGCCUUGCUCAGUGAAAAUGAAAUGCUGCAGGGGAAACUGCAUAGCCAGGAGGACGACUUCCGGCUGCAGAAUAGCACCCUGAUGGAGGAGCUGUCCAAGUUGUGCUCCCAGAUUGAACAGUUGGAGAAGGAGAACAAGCAUCUGCGGGAAGGGGAGGCGGCAGCCACUGAUGGAGCCGCCCCAACCAGGCCUGUGGAUGGGGAGCUGCUGAGGCUACAGGCGGAGAAUUCUGCUCUGCAGAAGAACAUGGCAGCUUUACAGGAACGCUAUGAGAAGGAGGUGGCCCGGCAGGCAGAAGACAGAGGAGGUGGGAAGGGGGACGCCUCCACGGAAGCCCCUCCUGCAGGGCAAGAGGGCGUGGGGCCGCAGGCAUCUGAGGGCAGUGCCUCCCAGGCCCAGCAGCUGCUGUCAGAGGUGGAACUAAAGUGGCAGACAGAACGGGAAGAGAAGAGGCUCCUGAAGGAGCAGCUGCAGAGCCUCGAGGCCUCCAAAACGUCAGAGAUGUCCCGGCUGCAGCAAGAACUCAGCAAGUUUGCUGAGAAACUAAAGAAGAAACAGGAGAGCUUCCUGCGGCUCCAGACAGAAAAGGAAGCCCUCUACAAUGACAGCCGGACCAAAAUUGAAGAGAUCCAGCAGCGGAAGGAGGACGAGCUCAAAUCCCUGCAAGUUCGGAACCAGAAGCUGCAGCAGGAGCUGCAGACGGCAAACCAGGGCUGCUCAGAAUUAAAGGACCAACUGCAAAGCUGCCGAAAAGAACACGAAGUGGCCCUGCAAGCUCUACAGGAUCAGGUUGCUUGCCAAAGUGCAGAGAGCCAGGAACAAGUUGAGAGCAUUUUGUCUGAAAACGACGCCCUGAGAACGAACCUGGCAGCAUUAGAACAGAUCCAGACCUCCAAGACCCAAGAGAUGAAUCUGAUGCGAGAUCAGGCGGCCGCCUUGGGGGCCGAGUUGCAGCAGCUUCAGAGCGAGGAGGCGGCGCUGGCUGCUCAGCGGGACGACCUCAACACCCAACUGCAGGAGUCACUCCGGGCCAACACGCGCCUCCUGGAGCAGCUGCAGGAACUCGGGCAGGAGAAGGAACGGUUGUUACAAGACCUUGAUGAAGCCAGGAAGACGGCAGAGAAACGCAAAGCCAUGCUUGACGAGAUGGCCAUUGAGACCCAGCAGGAAAAGGGCCGCCACAAGGAGGAGCUGGGCGACCUCCGGCUGCAGCAUGAGAAGGAGGUGCUGGCGGUGCGGGCACGCUACGAGCGGGAGUUGCGGGAGCUGCAUGAGCACAAGAAGCGGCAGGAGGACGAGCUGCGAGGUCAGCUCAAGGAAGAGAAGGCUCGCAGCCAGGAACUGGAGUCCAUGCAGCAAACGAUAGAAGAGCUGCGUCUCCAGAUACAGUCCAUGGACGGCACCAAGGGCUGGUUUGAGCGGCGGCUGAAGGAGGCAGAGGAGCUGAUCGAAAAGCACCAGCAGGAACACGCAGAGGCGAUGCGCAUCUUGAAGGAGCAGCAUUUGGCUGACUUGCAGCUAAAAGACCAAGAAGUGGAAGCAACCAAAGAGAGUUUGCGAGAAAUUGAAAGAUCCAGAGAUGAACACUUAGACGCAAUCAACCGGCUGAAACAGGAGGUGAAGGACACGGUCGACGGGCAGCGGAUCCUGGAGAAGAAAGGAAGUGCAGCGCUGAAGGACCUAAAACGGCAGCUCCACCUGGAACGGAAGCGAGCGGAUAAACUCCAGGAGCGGCUCCAGGAAAUCUUGACCAAUAGCAAGACCAGGACAGGGAUUGAGGAUCUUGUCCUGGCAGAUAUCAGCUCACCAAGCCGGGCACAGACAGGCGACAGCAGCAGCAUCUCCUCUUUCAGCUAUCGUGAAAUCAUGAAAGAGGGCUCCGGGGCUGGCAGUAACAAGUCAACCACAGGCAGCCCCCAGUCACAGUCGCAACCCCCUCGGCCAGCCGACCUUUCGGACGAAGAGAUCUCUGAGCUGUUCCAGCGUCUGGCUGAAGUCCAGCAGGAGAAAUGGCUGUUGGAGGAGAAGGUGAAGCACCUCGAGGUCAGCAGUGCCUCCAUGGCAGAGGACCUGUGUCGGAAGAGCGCCAUCAUCGAGACCUACGUCAUGGACAGCCGCAUAGAUGUGUCCGGCGCCCACGGGCAGGUGGACCGCAGCAGCCUGAGCAGCGUCCUGCGGGACCUGGUGAAACCGGGAGAUGAGAACUUGCGGGAGAUGAACAAGAAGCUUCAGAAUAUGUUGGAGGAGCAGCUGACCAAGAAUAUGCACUUACAAAAGGACCUGGAAGUGCUAUCCCAGGAGAUCGUCCGUCUUAGCAAAGAGUGCGUCCCGUCCCCUGAUGCCGAGCCCAGCCUGGACGACGUCGUCUGAGCUCUGUUCCGUCCUGUGGCCCUGCCCCUUCGCUUUGCCCUCGACUGCACUGCCAGCGAGGGGGGUGGAAUCGGCACUUCUGCCUCCUCCUCAGCUUGAUCUCUCCAAUCUUGUUCUAGUUUUGGUUGGGGUGUUUCUCUUUCUCCAGCUAACUGUCUCUCCCCCUUUCCUCAGCCUAGCAAACGGUUUCUCCCAAAACUACCUCCCUUCAUAGGCUGCUCCAUUGGGACCUCGUCCUCCACCCUCACCCCCGUUUAUUCUCCUACACAGCCUGGUUCUCGCUGUUUUUGGGGGGGUGGGGGGGAGCUCUAACUGCUGAUCCCAUUUGAGAUGUACGGGUUGAAGCGGGCAUGCUGCUGUAGCACUCCUUGUGGCCGGAGAGUAAAUUGCAGCUUGGUUCUGAAGAUGCUUUAAACACGCCAAGCCAGGGCCGUUUCCGCACAUGUUGAAUAAUGCACUUUCAAUGCAAUUUAGCAAUCCGUUGGAAGUGGAUUUUUUUCUUUCACACAUGGAAACCCAGUUCCAGAUUAUCACUAAAGAGCAUUGAAAGUGCAUUAUCCAACAUGUGCGGAAGCAUGAGUGGAAAUGUUGGGUACUCUGGUCUGGCAUAACAGAGGAGCUGUGAGGCACUGGGGGAAACUACCUUGGAAUAGGUUGGAAUAACAUUGUCCUGGGGGCUAAGGACAACGGAUAACUUACCACAUGCCUCCUCCUUUCCCUCUGCAAAGAACAUCUGUGAUCCCACAGCAAUUCCCCUCUGAUUUAUUCCAAUUCAUCACCUUCUCCAGUUUUUUCUACCCCCUUCAUUUUGCAUGCUUAGUCCAUCCUCAGCCUCCCUCUCCCAGCUCUGUCCAGCUGUUGCUGCUGUUAAUUAAAAAAGAGUAAAAAAUAUAGAUAAAUAUAUAUGUAUAUAUAUAUAUUUGCGCUGACUCCUUCCUGUGGGGUGGGACAGAAACCAAGCCAAGCAGUUCCUCCAGCUGCACUUUGCUGUUGGUGGAGGUGGCGUGAAUGUUUAUUUAACGUAUCAUGACUUACACAAGGCUGUAAUUGUUGAGCAACUGAUAAUGCAAACAAUGAUUUUUGACUGGCUCGA